AGGCGGAAGUUGCGCAGGUACGGGAGGUCGGCCCGCAGUUCCUGGUCUGGUCGUCCCCGUUGUUGCCAUCAUGGUGCGGAAGCUUAAGUUUCACGAGCAGAAGCUGCUGAAACAGGUGGACUUCCUGAACUGGGAGGUCACCGACCACAACCUGCACGAGCUGCGCGUGUUGCGGCGUUACCGACUGCAGCGGCGCGAGGACUACACGCGUUACAACCAGCUGAGCCGCGCCGUGCGCGAGCUAGCGCGGCGCCUGCGCGACCUGCCGGAGCGCGACCCUUUCCGCGUGCGUGCCUCGGCCGCGCUCCUGGGCAAGCUUUAUGCGCUGGGCUUAAUACCCACGCGCGGCUCGCUAGAGCUCUGCGACUUUGUCACGGCCUCGUCUUUCUGCCGCCGCCGCCUACCUACCGUGCUCCUCAAGCUGCGUAUGGCGCAGCAUCUCCAGGCCGCUGUGGCUUUCGUGGAGCAGGGACACGUGCGCGUGGGCCCCGAUGUGGUCACCGACCCCGCCUUCCUUGUCACACGGAGCAUGGAGGACUUCGUCACUUGGGUGGACUCAUCCAAGAUCAAGCGGCACGUACUGGAAUACAACGAGGAGCGAGAUGACUUCGAUCUGGACGCCUAGAGGAGACUCGCUCUCCGCGGCCGCAUUUUGUAGAUGGGAUUGCUGAGGACUCCUGGUUCUGGAGAUACUAUGAGAGCGCUCUCUCCUGGAGUGUGUCAUCCUUUCGUCGCUUCCCUCCCACUGUUGUUAAAGAACUUGGCUUUACAGCCGGAGGCCACACACGGUGCACUCCUGUUUAUCAGGAAAUUUUUCCAAGAAGGUGAACUACAGAGAAUUAAAUGUCUUUACCUUAGGACGCAGUCGGAAGCAGUUUUAUGCUGCACUGGGGAAUUGUUAGCUUCUUGUGCCCGAAAAAUUAUGAAUUGUAGUGUGAAAGCAAGAACUUUUCUUCUCCUCUCCCCAGCUUUCCCUUUAUCUUCUUGAAGCAGGACUGUUUGGUUCAAUUUAUUUUACUCGAAUUCUUGUCCCUGUUCAUGACUAAGCUAUAUACAGACGAUGGAGAGUUUGACCUCAAGUUUCUAUAAAAUGGGUGAAACUUUAAUGUUCAGGUCUCCCCUCUCUCUUUUAAAGGAAUGCUUUCCUAAUCCAAUAAAUGGUCCGACUAUUUUGUAAGUGUA